CGACUCCAGCAACGGUACCACAUUACAACUUUAAGUUCAGAGAACUAUCAGGUGGCCGAAGGUAUCCAAGAAAUACUCAAGGGUAUUCUGGAAGGAAGAAUAUUAGAGAUAUUUGAUAAAUACUAUCACAAGGACAUUGUGAUGUAUGAGAAGGGCGAUUCAACCAACCGUGUGGGCAAGGCGGCCAACAGGAUUGCCGAAGAAUCCUUCAUAAAGAAUGCUACAUUCCAUGAAGCAAGAGUUGAGAAGUUGAUCAUCGAUGGCAACAACACUGCAUACCAGAUGUAUUUAGACUUCACUUAUGGUGGACACAGAGUACAAAAGACUCAAUGGGCAAUGCAAGAGUGGAAGGAUGGUCUUGUCAUCAAAGAGGAGUUC